AUACACAACUCUAGAACUCUGGGAACAAGUUGCCAGCUGAGCAAAACUCUCCAACCUGCAACUUCAGCCCGCCAAUUCAUAAAAUAUUUCGUAUAUUUCUGCUGUUGAAAGUUGAACAUUUUCGUGAAAAUAUUAUUACUCUUAUAGUUGAUCAACUGGAGGUACCCGUUACAUAAACAACAGUAACACCAUGCCGAUCACUGCCCCAGGAAUACAAUAUUCCGACAGAUACUUUGAUGAGAACUACGCUUACAGGCAUGUUAUUCUACCAAUGGAUAUAGCCAAAGAAGUGCCCAGAAAUCAUCUGAUGACAGAAGGAGAAUGGAGAAACCUUGGAGUCCAGCAAAGUCCGGGCUGGAUAAAUUAUAUGAUACAUUCCCCAGAGCCACACGUUAUUCUGUUCCGUAGAGCUUUAUCAGAUAACGAAAGAACUGCAGCAUCAGCAAAUUGAACUGCGUUAUGACAUUUUUCGUGUUUAUUCCCUUCUUAUAGAUUUAUUCAGUUGGUGCAUUCAGAUUCAUUUAUAUAAAGUAAUACUGUCCAAGCUAUCAUAUUACCAUUGACGAAAAAUGUAUAUUCAAUAACCUGAUUAUGUGAUAUUUCUGUCAUCAGGUACUGUAUUUAGAUUUCAAGUUCGGAAUUUCUUUAAUAAGUUGCAAGUUGACAGAUUAUUUUUCAAUUCUUUUCAUUCAUCUAAUGGUUGAAACUAUAAAAAUUAUGUUUCGUACACUUCCUUGUUGUAUGCUAUCAUGUAUUCAGUUAUGCAUUUCUAUUAUAAUACAUUAGGCUUUGCUACUAAGCAUUGCUAAAUACUUCAUACUUACUAUAGGUACUUUCCUAGGGUGAAUACUUUUGUCAAGUUGUCAGCAAAUUUUUGCUUCCAGGUAAACAAAAUUUUCCAAUGUUUCUGUUGUAACGUCUAUGUGAGACAGCAUGUAUUGAACAUGUAUAAUUGACAUGUCAUUGCUUAAUGAUGAGAAAUAAUUAAUUGGCAAAAAAUUAGUUCCAUUAGAAUAUGCAAGUUGGAAAGUACAAAUAAUCCACGUACAAAAAAUAAUAACGUUUUGAUGGUUUCUUAACGCUUCUCCACGAGAGUGGAGACUAACUUGAGAGAGCAUUUAUACGUUUUUGUCAUCAUUUUUUUUGUAAUCUGUCUUUGACCUUUUUUACCCUGAUUCGGUUGAUAAAUUUCUAGAUUUGUUACUUACAUUUCUUAUUCUUAAACUAAUUUCUGCACGUUCAACAGACUUUUUAGCUUUUGAGACAUUUUCAAGUUAAAACAUAAUUAAUAGAUGUUCAACAAACUGCCCCACAAGGUUAUAUUUGAUUGUAACAAUUAUCAAGUAUUACAAUGCGUGCUAUAGUUGAUUUAGCAUAAUAAUAAUAGUUUUCACUUGUAAAUGACUGCACAAUAUAAUCAAACUAGAUUAUUCGAAAAUUAAACGAUGUGUACCGUAUAAUAUUAUUUUGAGUAGCCUAGGCAUUCCAUGGAUUUGUAAUAACUAAGAUGAUAAUUAUUAAUUUGGAGAUGGAUGUAACUUUUUCACUAAUUUGGUGUGAAUAAAAAGAAUAUUUUAUUAUAAA